UGGCUUUCCGGCACUGGGUGGAGCUUGACGAUGGCACUGUGUCACUCAGUCCGGCACCCACUGCUGAUGAUGACACCCUCGCAGCAUCUACCUUCUACAGUCAGGUGUCUGGGGACCCUCGUCUCCACGCGGCCAUUGAGAGCGUUCAGGCCACCUUCGCCAGAGUCAUCCGUCAGCUGGAUAUUGAUUUACAGAGCUGGCACGCGUACGAGCACGUCUGGCUUCGAGACAAGGCCGCUACAGUGUCCAGGUUCUGUAGGAGUGGCCCCUCCGUCAAGGACUACGACGACAAGCUCAGGUUCUACACGCACCUCGCUACAGAGCUCUCGCAGGCGCCCCAGCAAGUAACC